GUAUCUGAAAUGCUCCCAAACUAGUUAUUUGAACUGCCAAGUACUUGUAAUACGACCUGUAUGAAACUGUAGUCCAUCUAGGCUGCGUCUUUACGCGCAAUAAGCGCCGUUACACACGGACGCAACGCAGCUAUGCAGCAUCCUAAACGACGCUUUCUCCCCUGCUCUCUCUUCUCAGUCCCCGACACAUCGCAGAUAGUAGUUGGUAUUGCACUGUCGAGCACUUCAAUCCGUGUAGAAUGGACCGAGGUACACUCGGCGGAGUAUUACUACCUGCUGGUGCAAUCUCAGACCACCGGCAAGAUGUUCAAUCUCACCUACACCAACCACAGCGCUGUAGUGGGAAACCUGAAACCCUCCACCAACUACGACUGCUACGUUUACACGGCGAACCGCGCCGGCCUGGGGAGCAGGAGCAAAGUGAGGACCAUCACCACCUUGGUGCAGCCUCCAGUGAACAUUACAGCAACACAGACCAGCCGUAGCACAGCGAAAGUGACGUGGCAGCCGGUGCAGGACGUCCUGUUAUACCGAGUCGCCAUCCAGAGCCUGGACGAACCCAACAGCCCUCUGUCUGUGCAGAACGUCACAGACACCAAGCUGGACAUUCGUGGCAUCCUCCCAUGUUCCACCUAUCUGAUAUCAGUGUCUUCGCUCAACAAGUUCCUGAUACCGAGCGAGCCCAGAAACUACACAUACACCACCAACAGUGAGUCGGCGGAGUCAAACCAAUAUAAAUAUCUCCUCUCAGUUUGCCAUAAGCUGACACCAGUUUCAUCAGUAUCUGUGGACUACACCUGCACCACUCGCUCUGCCAACGUGCACUGGUCGGCCGUGUUCGGGGCAGACUCCUACAGGGCCACGGCGAUAGGUGACAACGGCACGCAGCUGACGUGCACCAGCCAGAAUACCAGCUGCAAGAUCACCGGACUGAGCUGCGGUCAGAACUACAUAGUGCACGUAACGCCCAUAUCGGAGAACUGUGAGAAUAUGGUGAACAAGACCAUCACCACUUUUCAGACUGUCCCCUGUCCUGCCAAGAAUCUGGAGUUGUUGCGAGACUGUUCCAGCGAAGUCAUCGUCUUUUCCUGGGAGCACACAAACAACACAAACUACUACCUGGCCAAGGCAGUGGACUCCAAGGGAGUGGUCCAGGAGUGUCUGACUGAAGACAACUCGUGUUAUUUCACACACACAGUGUGUGGACGACACUAUUACUUCACUGUCCAGUCAAUCACUGGGGAGUGCAGGAGCGAGAUCAGCUCUACUGUUGACAUUCGCACAGCGCCCUGUAUACCCCAGAACAUGCAAACAUCGGCCGACUGCAACUCAGACGUUCUGCUCAGCAAGUGGGACUUGGCAGAGGGGGCUCUACGCUACACUGUGGAGGCCUUCGGCAACAACGGAAACAACAGCCGCUACAACUGCAGCUCAAUGUCCAACAGCUGCGCUAUAGAGGGCAUCCACUGCGGAGAGUACUUGACCAUCUACAUCACUGCUUUUGACGACGAAUGCGCUAGUCCGAGGACACUGGGCCCUGUGGCUGAGACAGUCCCGUGCACUCCUCAGGAUGUAGCAGCAGUGAAGGAAUGUGGGGCGGACUCCAUCGUGGCCACCUGGCAACUGACCCCUGGUGCAAUUUUCUACGUCGCCAUGGCGAUGGACGAUGAUGGUGUCAUUCACAACUGUAAUGCCAUCGAUCUGACUUGUACAAUAGAUGACUUGAAGUGCAGCACCAACUACACGGUGUACGUCAUUGCCUCCAACUUCAUGUGCAACAGCUCUGAGAGCGAGAUGGUCAUCAUAGAGACAGCUGCAUGCCCACCAGACAACGUUGCCGCCUCCCUGGACUGUGCAGCCAACGAGGCUCUGAUUUCAUGGCAUGGCCAGCCCAAACUCAACUCGUUCACAGCCACCAUUAUGGAUGAAGAACAGGGACUUCUCAGCUGCAGCUCCACUACAAACAGCUGUAGAGUACCAAACCUGAAAUGUGGCAAGCUCUACACUGUUACUGUCAUCCACCACGAUGGCAUCUGCCCCAGCAUCCCCUCUGAGGCCAUCUACUUGGAAUCUGUUCCCUGUGGGCCGGAAAAUGUGCAGAUCGAUGUGAACUGUGUGUCUGGUGGACUGACCAUCGGCUGGAACGCAUCCAAAAACGCAGAGGGCUACAUCACCAUGGUCUCAGACGUCAACACGCAGAUGUCUUACAACACCACAAAGCCUAUGCUGAGCAUCAACACGCUGGAGUGUGGGCAGGAGUACACAGUGAAGGUAGCAUCCUUCAACAGAACCUGUGUCAGUCUUCCCACAGUCUUACCUGUCAAGGAAGCACCAUGUGUGCCUACUGACGUGGUGGCGAAGAGAAACUGUGGCCAGAGUUUUGUGGAAGUGAUGUGGAAAGCAAGCCGUGGUGCCAAAAACUACACCGCAGUCGCUGUGGGUAAAGACGGCAGUCGUCUGGAAUGUACCUCCAAUGCAACUUCCUGCAACCUGGAAGGCGUAAUGUGCGGCCAGGUUUACAAUGUCAGCGUCUUUGCUGUGCACGACAUCUGCACCAGCUUAGGGAGCCCUGCAGUGAAUCGACCGACAGCACCCUGCCCUCCCUCUCAGCUCACCGCCUCAAUGAACUGUAGCGGUAACUCUGCAGUGUUGACCUGGAGCAGCAGCCCCAAUGCAGUGUCCUACACUGGCAAGGCAGUGAGCACAGAUGGACAUAAUGUGACCUGUGCUGCAGGAAUGGAGCUCAGUUGCCGAUUGGAGGGACUGCACUGUGGCAAGAAGUACACCUUCACUGUUUCAGCCUCAGACGGUGACUGUCACAGCCCUGACAGCAUGUCGGUCAUCCGUACAACUGUUUUAAGUACUAAGUUCUUGUCUUACAUUUAUAAUCAAACCACCACUAAGUCUAACUCUAUGCUUCCUGUGUCAGCCCCAUGUUCUGUUCAGAAUGUGGUCAACACCCUGAACUGCAGCACAAACAAGCUAACCAUCAGCUGGACACCCAGAUCCAUGCCAAUGAACUACAGUGCCACCGCCCUGGCCAGAAAUGGAACUGCACUUCGCUGUAUCACACAUGACUCCAUGUGUACGCUUAAUUUAAAGUGUGGACAGCAGUACACUGUGAUGGUCAGAGCCAUCAGCAGCACAUGUGAAGGACAUAGCAGUGUCCCGGAGAUUGUUAACUCUGUUCCCUGUGUUCCUAUGAAUGUCCAAGGCGUCGUGAAGUGUUCCACUAACACAUUGCAGGCGUCCUGGAAUGCAGCUGCCGGUGCAGUGUCCUAUAUCUCCACCUUGAAGGGAGCAGGUGGUUUCUCCAGUUCCUGUCCUACAGCUCAUGAGAGUUGCGCCUUCCCUAGCCUCCAGUGUGCUCAGACAUAUACGCUCAGUGUGGUGGCCCUCAAUGACCGGUGUAACAGCUCUAUGAGCACCAUGAUCUCAGCAAUGACGGCACCCUGUGAUCCUACAAAUGUGGCCGCUGACAUGCACUGCCCCUCUGGUGUGGUGACUGUGACCUGGAGUGCCAGCGCUGGAGCAAAUUAUUACACAGUCCUGGCUGAGGCCAAUGGACAUGUCGACUCCUGCAGUUCCACUGGCAUGACCUGUGAGCUGACCAAGCUGCAGUGUGGGGAGGACUACACUGUGACUGUACUGGCAGGGGACGGGAAGUGCAACAGCUCCAUACUUGCUAAAACGAAUGUGACCACAGCUCCAUGUGUUCCAAUGAUCCGGGAUCACUCUCUGGACUGUGUCACCAACCAUGCUUUGGUCACCUGGGUUGAGGACAGAGAUGCCGUGAGUGUCACAGUAAAUGCGACCUCCAGCCUGGGACACUCGACGUCCUGCAGCUCAUCCACCAACAGCAGCUGUGUCCUGGAUGAGCUGCAGUGUGGACACACCUACACCGUCCAGGCUGUUGCACGAGGAGUCCAGUGUAUGAGCAAACCCAGCACUGCUUUUCAGAUUGUUACAGCGCCUUGUACCCCUGCAAAUGUGGAGUACACAUACUCCUGUGACACUGGCAUUUCCUUCCUGAGCUGGGACGAGACUUUGGGCAGAAAGAGUUUCUACGUCUACGUCCACUCGGGCGACCACACUGCCUCCUGCAACACCAGCCAGAACGACUGCUCCCUGCCCUCACUGCUCUGCAGUCGCAUGUAUGAUGUGGAGGUGACAGCUGUGGCUGACCACUGCAACAGCAGUGUGCCGGGGGUAACAAUAAUACAGACAGCCCCCUGUGCUCCUAUGAACGUGAGUACCUCCCUGGUGUGUGACAACAACACUGCGGCGGUGAGCUGGUCAGACAGUCCUGGUGCAAUUUCCUACGAAGUGACAGCACUCGGCAGAGAUGGUGAUGUCAAACAUUGUUCUACGAAUGACACAAGCUGUCACCUACCCAACAUGCACUGCGCUCAGACCUACGUGAUCACCAUCACCCCGUUCUCCGCUCAAUGCAAGGGUUUCAACAGCUACCCAUACACCUUUAUUGCAGGACCCUGCCCUCCCACCAAUGUUCAAGUGUCCCUGCAGUGUCUUGGUAACGUGGGUCACGUAAGCUGGGACCCAGCCCUGAAUGCUGACAUGUAUGUGGCCACAGCCCUGAAUGAACACGUACACAACUGCACCUCCAACGGAACAAGCUGCUCCAUCACAGACCUCCACUGCAGUGAGACAUCGGUCCUCACGGUGGUCACCAUCGAGAGGGGCUGCAUGAGCGAACCCAGCGUGCCUGUCAUUUUCCCAUCAGUCAUCUGCCCUCCCACCAAUCUGACUGGAGUGACAACCUGUGGGAACAACGACAUCACUGUAAGCUGGAAACCGAGACCUGAGAGUGGGGUUAACUACUUCCUCUACUCCCAAGAAGAUGGCGGCGCCAUUGCCAACUACUCCACAACCCAGACGUCCCAUGUGAUCACUGGGCUGCAGUGUGGCGAGUUGUAUACUCUUAUGGUCGCUGCCACUGACUCUGAGUGCACCAGCGUCCUCAGCAUGCCCAUACAAACUGAAACAGCUCCAUGCCCACCCACCAACCUGACCGCCACUGCCCAAUGUGGUACUAAUAUGGGAACUCUAACCUGGGCGCCGAGUAUCCAUGCUAUCUCCUACACAGCUACAGUGACCGCUCCCUGUCUGCCUGACAGGGUGGUGGCAGACCUGGACUGCAACCUCAACUCCUUCGCAGUGCAGUGGAGAGGCAGCAUUGGCGAUGUUGGCUCUUACACUGCCAUUGCCAUCGGCAGUGAUGACACUCGAGCAACUUGUGACUCCUCAAACACUAACUGCACCAUCCAGAACCUAAAAUGUGGCCUUACCUACAGCAUUGUUGUCACUACAUCGUCAGUUGACUGUGGCACCAUUGAGGGUUCUGACUACACGGUGCACUCAGCUCCAUGUAAACCAGACAACGUGAUGGUGAAUCUGCAGUGCAGCACUAACUUGGCGUUAGUUACCUGGGGAAACUCAGGCCCCGAUCAGACUCAGGUGGUGUCAGCAGAAGACAGCAGAGGAGGAAUCUCCACCUGCAACUCCAGCAGCUCCAACUGCACCUUCGACCAGCUGACCUGCGGGGAGACCUACAUUAUCAGUGUGGUCGGCUACACAAACUCAUGCAGCAGUGAACCCGCUGUUGCCCAAACCCUCAACACAGCUCCAUGUGUCCCCACCCACGUCACAGCACGAGUGGACUGCCAGACCGGUAUCACUGUGGUCACCUGGGACAGCGCACGCGGCGCCACAUCUUAUACAGUCUACGCUCAGGGCAGUCUCGGCCACAAUGCUGAAUGUAACAGCAUUGACACCAACUGUAAUUUCCCCAACCUGGCAUGCGGUCAGGACUACAACAUCACAGUGGUGGCUCGUCACGACUCCUGCAUCAGUUUGGUCAGCGACACCUUCACUGCCACUACAGGUCCUUGCCCUCACAGUGGUCUGCAGACUACACUGGACUGCAACACCAACACGGCCGUGGUGUCCUGGACACCAGGCAGUGGCAUCUUGUAUUACAACGCCUCAGCUGAUGCCAUGGCUAUCUCACACCAGCAGACCUGCUCCACCAACGGCUCCACCUGUAACAUCACCUCUCUGCAAUGUGGGGAGAGCUACAGGGUGAGCGUCAGUGGACAGGGACAGAACUGCCCCAUUCCGGCCCUGGACUGGCACAGAAUCAACACAGCCCCCUGCCCUCCCACCAAUCUGAUGGUCACCUCCUCCUGCCAAUCGAACAACAUCUCAGUGUCAUGGCAGGCCUCGCAGGGCUCGGUUUCCUACAUGGCAGUGGCUGAGAAUGAACAGGGCCACCGGUGGUCCUGCAACACCAGCAGCACCAGCUGCCAGAUAUCUGGUCUGCUGUGUGGACAGCAGUACCAGGUCUAUGCUGUUGGUAUUGAUGAAAAUUGUUUUGGAGACAAGAGUAACAUUAAAGUUAUUCGCACAGCUCCAUGCGUGCCACAGAACAUACAGAGCAACCUUGACUGUCUGUCUGCUGUCUUAAAUGUUACCUGGCAGUCGACAGGUUACUUUGUGCGGUUCCAUGCCUCCGUGGUGAGCAGCAAAGGUCACGUCAGCACCUGCAAGACGGAUAAGCAUCACUGUGUAGUGCGCAAUGUGCAGUGUGAUACCACCUAUGAUGUUACAGUAGUGGCUGAAGAUGAGACCUGCAACAGCUCCCUGAGCCCCACAGAGCAGGUCCUCACCGCUCCCUGCCCUCUCUCAUCUUUCCUUCCCGCUGUGAACUGUGACACCGGAGUUGUAUCUGUAACCUGGAACAACAGCGUAGCAGGAGUCGUGUACACAGUGUCGGCAGUUGACGGAGCAAGUGGCCAACACAACUGCACUGGCACAGACAACAGCGGCUGCAAUCUUAGCACACUGAAGUGUGGGAUGGAGUACAACAUCACUAUCACACCAUCCAGGAACGGAUGUGUAGGCAGAGACAGCCCCACUGAAAUGAUCAGAACAGUUCCCUGCGUACCUGAACUAUCUGACGUGGAGAUCGACUGCUUGACAAACUCAGCCUGGCUGAUAUAUGAGGAGUCUGCUGGGGCCGAAUACUAUGUCACCAUGGUGACAGACAGCCAGGGUGACAUGCAGAUGUUUGAGUGUAACGCCACAUCAGAUGGGAUAUGCGCUCUGCCGCAGCUGAGCUGCAGCCAGAACCUCACCUUCACCCUCAAGGCCCUUGACCAACAGUGCCCCAGUCCACCCAGCAAUGCUGUCACAACUGAGACAGCUCCUUGUGCACCUCAGGAUGUACAGAGUUCAGUGGGCUGCGACAAUGCCACAGUCAGCGUCACCUGGAUGGCUGUUCCUGGUGCAGUGACGUACACGGCCACGAUGGACAAAAUAAACGGAAACACCACCUGCUGCACCACAUCGGACACCAGCUGCGACAUCUCCGACCUGCCGUGUGGAGAAAUGUACAUCCUGCACGUCACAGCUGAGGGACGGAUGUGCAACAGCUCCGAGAGCGAAGGGGUCAUCACCAGGACAGUGCCAUGCGUUCCUCAGAACCUCAAAGCCAGUCUGAGCUGCAGCAACAAUGUGGCCUCCGUGUCAUGGGAGGACAGCAAAAUAGGGCAGCUGUACCAAGUGACAGCAGUGAGUACUGAUGGACACAAGGACCAGUGCACCGCCUAUGAGAACCAGUGUGAUCUGACAGGCCUGCGUUGUGGACAGCACUACACAGCUGCUGUGACAGCAGAGGACGUAGAGUGCAAGAGCCAACCGAGUGACAGUGUGAUGAUCAAGACAGUGCCAUGCACCCCUGCAAAUAUCUCCUCUGUGGUGAACUGUGAGGCCAAUGCUCUGACCGUGUCCUGGUCUGAGAGUUCAGGAGCUGACUCCUACAUCGCCACAGUGCAGGACAGCAACAGUCAGACCACGACCUGUCAGGGCACAACGGAAGGCUUCUGCAACGUGACGGGACUCGGCUGCGGUCAGAUCUACCAUGUCUCUGUGGUUUCCUCUGAUGGAUACUGCGACAGCCCGCCCACUCCUGUGGCUGACACACCCUCAGUCCCCUGUGAGCCACGACGUAUCAACGCCGUGUUUGACUGCAACACGCAGACAGCCGUGGUGUCGUGGUACCCGAGCAAUGGAGCUUUCUCGUACGUGGUGAUGGCCACUACCGCAUCGAGCGACAAUAUCAUCUGUGAGACCAACACCACCAGCUGUGAGCUGGAAGGGCUGCUCUGUGGUCAGAGCUACUCGGUGUCCGUCAAAGCUCUGGGACAGACCUGCAGCAGGGUCGCUCACAUGGCAGGACAGCUGGUCACUGGGCCGUGCAUCCCUGAACACAUCACCACUCAGUACAGCCUGAUGAUCGGCCAGGUGCUGUGGGACCGGACUGCCGGCGCUGAUUACUACAUGGUGGAGGGGAUAACAGAGCAGGGCCUCACAGGCACUUGCAUCACCAAUGACACCUACUGUGUCUUGUAUAACUUAAAGUGUGGCCAGUCGUACAACGUCACUGUCACGGCAAACAACCGUGUGUGCCAAGGCGUGUCCAUCUCGACUGAAGCGGUUAUGAUUACAACAGAGCCCUGCCCACCCAACAACGUGGAGACCAGUGUUCACUGUCAUAACAACAUGGGGACCGUGUCGUGGGAGGCCAGUGCCGGCGCAGUGGGCUACAAGGCCGGUCUCGCUGGGCGUGAUGGUCACUCUCUGUCCUGCUACACCAACGAAACAUUCUGUGACUUUGAAGAUCUCCACUGUGGAGUCGUCUACUACACCAGCGUCAUCGCCAUCGGAGAGACACUCAACAGCAGUGCCUCCACCACCGUUCUGCUGGUCUCAGCUCCCUGUGUAGCUGAAAAUGUGAUGGCGGACUUGGACUGCGACAACAGCACAGCCGAGAUCUCCUGGAGCCCAGCCAACGGAGCCAACUCCUACAUGGUGACUGCUGUAGCAGCUGAUGGCUACCGAGCUUCCUGUGAGACCACUGAGCACCAGUGUGAACUGAUGGAGCUGGAGUGUGGUCAGACGUAUGGCAUCACCCUCACAUCCAUCAGUGACCACUGCGAAACUGAGACACGCACAAAUGUCAGCAUCAGCACACGUCCCUGCAAACCGAUGCGUGUCGGAGUGGACAUGCAGUGUGGGACGAGUACGGCCAACCUGCACUGGGAGGAAAAGGAGGGGGUAGAGCUCUACCUGGUGACUGCCACGUGCAGCAUGGGAACAACUCUGCAGUGCAACUCCACCAACUCCACAUGCCAGUUCUCCAACUUAAACUGUGGGGAAACCUACACAUUCUCUGUAACUGCAUAUGGUAACAUGUGUUACAGUGAAACCAGCAGCACAGUGGAGAUUCAGACAGAACCCUGCCAGCCAACAGGCCUGACAGUCGAUGGGUCAUGUUACAAUGACACCGUGGUGUUGGAUUGGUCGGCAGCUAAAGGUGCGUCAGUCUACUUGGUGACAGCUGCAGGAGACCUGGGAUACAUUGAACAUUUCCAAACUGCUGAGACAACGAUAGAGGCUGAGCUGCCCUGUGGACAGCUGUACACCUUCACUGUAAAAGCCCAGGGUGAUCAGUGUGACAGUGCUGUGAGUCUGCCUGAGGAAUUCAAGUCAGGCCCCUGCGUCCCUUACAAUGUAAAGAGCUUUACACACUGUGAGAACAAUCUGGGCGCAGUCACCUGGGCCAAGAGUGACGGGGCAGACACCUACAUGGCCAUUGCAGUGGGACAGGACGGCCAUACCCAUGAGUGCGUUUCAAACACUACCACCUGCAUGUGGGAUGACUUGCACUGUGGAGAGGUGUACACCGUUCAUGUCAUUGCCAAUGACUACAUGUGCAGCAGCAUGCCAAGCAACAGCACGUCAAUACGAAUGGACUUCUACAUUGUGACAGCAGAGUCCAACAGUGGCCACAAAGUGCAGCUCAGCACCAACGACACCUGGACUUUCAUCUCUGAGUUCCUGUGUGGCGAGGAGUACUUCCUGUCUGUUCAGGCGGCAGACUCUGUGUGCACAAGCAAACCCAGUCAGCCUUCAGAGCUUAAGUCAGAGCCCUGCCCACCCACCGGCGUCUCCAGCUUCAUGAACUGCCUUUCUAACAUUGCGGUGGUGUCGUGGACUGCUUCAGCCGGGGCAGAGUUCUACAUCGCCACAGUAACACCAGAAGAUGGCCUGCCGACAAGCUGCUGGUCCGACAGCGAGCAGUGCGGCAUGCCGAAUGUCCACUGUGGGCAGAACUACACGGUUACUGUCGUGGCCUCCGACGAAAAGUGUGACUCUGACCCCAGUGAGCCCGACACCCUGAAGUCAGUGCCUUGUGUUCCUACUGAUGUGGAAGUGAAAAUAGACUGCUCCAUCAAUCAAGCUGUGGUGUCUUGGAGUGCCAGCGAAGGGGCCCUGUCUUACAAAGUGAUGGCUCGGAGCACACAGGGAGACACCUCCCUCUGCGAGAGUACAGAUCUCUUGUGUGCUCUGACCAACCUGACCUGCGGGCAGUCCUACUCUGUCCAGGUGGUGGCGGAAGACGAUAUCUGCUCAAGUUUGCCCAGCCCAGCUACAAAGUUCCAAUCAGUUCCCUGCACACCCAGCAUUGGCUCAGUGAUUCUGGACUGCUUCACCAACUCAGCCCUCUUGGACUGGUCCUACGCUGAGGGUGCCCUGAACUACACCGCAACAGCCCAGACCUCCGACGGCCAUUUAUCCACCUGCAGCUCUAACUUUACAAACUGUGAGCUACAGAACCUGCAGUGCAGCCAGAUCUACAAUGCAGUUGUCGUGGCCUCGAACGAGUUGUGUAGCAGCCCCCCAAGCACCAGUCUGCAGGUGGAAUCAGUCCCUUGUCCUCCUGAGGAUGUCACGUACGAACUGGAGUGCUCCACUAAUACAGCCCUGGUUGAGUGGCAGGCUAGCAGAGGGGCCGACGCCUAUAUCGUUGAAGCCUUUGGUGUGGAAGAGCACGAAUCUGGCUGCACGACAGACUCGUUGUCCUGCGUCCUCCCAGACCUCGAGUGUGGCUUCACCUACAACAUCAGUGUGAUUGCCGUCAACAGCGUGUGCAAUGUGUCACAGAGUGACAUUGAACAGCUAAAAGCAGUGCCCUGUAUACCACAGCAGGUGGAGGCCGUGGUGGUUUGUGAGUCUGGUGCUGUGGCGGUCUCUUGGGAGCCGAGCAAAGGGGCGUUAUCGUACACGGCAGUUGCUCAGGCUGGCGGCGGCUAUGCGUCGACGUGCAACAGCAGCGAGACAACGUGCCUGUUCACCGACCUGGUGUGCGGCCUCAACUACUCCAUCACUGUUAGUGCCUCAGACGACACGUGUAGCAGUGCUGAAAGCUCUGCUGUGGAGAUCGACACAUUGCCUUGUGUACCCCAGAAAGUAACAGCAGAGAUGGUCUGCGGUAAUGACACGGGCCUGGUGAUGUGGGAAGAGGAGGAGGGCGUGUCCUCCUACACAGUGAAAGCUUUUGGGCCUGAUGGUCACAAGACUGGAUGUAUGAGCACCGAAACCAGUUGUCAGCUACCCAGCUUGCAUUGUGGUCAGCUCUACAACCUGACAGUGACAGCUCAGGAUGGACGGUGUGACAACAGCCACGCCUACCUCAGCCUGCAGUCAGUGCCCUGCAAGCCCACCAACGUCAAGGCCUCUCUGCAGUGCCACUCACAAACUGCUGCAGUGACAUGGGAGCAAGCCAGUGGAGUGGUAUCCUAUCUUGCAGUGGGUGUCACAGCAGACGGAAGUCACCGGACUCAGUGUAACAACACCCAGACCCACUGUGAUCUGACAGACUUGCAGUGUGGACAGACCUACAACGUGAGCGUGUUCGGCCAAGAUGAGUCCUGUUCCAGCAUGGAGAGUGAGAAGGCUUAUGUACGAACAGCCCCUUGCGCACCCCAGAACGUGAUUGUUGAUGCACAGUGUGCUGAAGAUGCCAUGACCGUGUCUUGGUCUCCCAACCCUGAUGCCCAGUACUUCCACGUAGCAGCAGUGAGCAACACUGGCGCAAGACUCCACUGUAAUUCAACCGGCACUACUUGCUCCAUAAACAACCUACCAUGUGGACAGAGCUACAACAUCACGGUGCUGUCUGUAAGAGAUGGCUGUGAGAGCAAGCUGAGCUCUGUAGUAGAGACUUCCUCAGCUCCAUGUGUGCCCAGGAACAUUGUGGGUGGUCUGGACUGCGUAUCAAACGCAGCCUGGGUGACGUGGGAUGACUCAGCGGGUGCCCUCAGCUACUUUGUUUUUGCCGACGGGGAGAAAGGACACAACUCCAGCUGCACCGCUGCCUCCUCUCCCUGUAAUGUCCCAGAUCUAAAAUGUGGGACGCUCUACACCUUCCACGUCACUGCCAUCAACAAACACUGCCGCAGUAAUAACAGCACCACCUUUGAGCUCGAGACAGGUCCUUGUGCUCUGAGAUCCAUCAAUGCAGUGACACAGUGCAACAGCAGCACCAUCCUGGUUGAAUGGGAGGAGACGGUGGACACACCCUUGUACCUGGUGACCGCUGAGGGUCAAGACCAAUCCCUCAUUUCUUGUAACAGCUCCUCCAAUUCAUGUGUUCUCAAGAAUAUUCGCUGUGACAUGCACUACAGCAUCAUAGUAUCAGCUUCCUCUGAUAAGUGCAGCAGCCUCAGGAGUCCACCAAAGAAGAUUAAAACAGAAAAUGUGACAGUGGAACAGCUGUGUGAGGAGAACGGAGCUGCAGUGACGUGGGGACACUCCCCUGUAGCCACAUCCUACAUGCUGACAGCCACAGGAAGGGACGGACACGUCGCCAUCUGCAACACCUCGGUGAACAACUGCACCCUGGCUGGCCUGCACUGUGGCCAGCCAUACAGCUUAAGCAUCACCGCCAGCGGAGACAACUGCACCAGCGAGCCACGAACUUCAUCCUUCAGAACAGUGCCCUGUGAGCCCUCUGGUCUCGCAGUGGAUAUUGAUUGUGAGACCAACACUGCCAUCCUCUCUUGGAGUGCCAGCGAGGGCGCUAUGGAGUAUUAUGGUUGUGCCCAAUCUGAAGACGGAGACGCGCUCUACUGCGACAGCACUGUUUCCUCCUGCACCAUCGAAGGCCUGGAAUGCGGUGAAAUGUACAAUUUCUCAGUGGAAGCCUCUAACAGCGUCUGCAACAGCUCGUUCAGUGCACCUCUGAAGGCGGGAGCAGUUCCAUGUCCUCCGACUACUCUGAACGUCCGGAUGCAGAAGAUUGGCCAAAUGCACUGGGCCAUGACGUCAUGGGACAGCGUCAGCUGCACUGAUGUCGAGUACCUGGCGGAGAUGACCGGUCGAAUCAGAGACAGCCCGCAGGCCCUGAUGGAGUUCUCCUCUUACUGGCUACCAAGGGAAUACUUUGAGUUCCCGAUGCCAUGCAGCACAACUUAUAACCUCACUGUACGUGCUAGAAACUCAGUGGGGGUCAGCACACCUUCCAGCGCCUUUACUGGAGUCACAGUCCCCUGUCCUCCACAGAACGUGAAAUACAGCGGUAACACACAGUCUGCCAUGCUGUCCUGGGACGCAUCAGUGUUUGCCACCAGUUACACUGUUUACAGUACACUGGGGGGAGGCCGUGUCCAGCUGUGUAGCACUACCGGGCUCUCCUGCCAGCUGACUAACUUCAACUCCAGCGCUACCGAAGUGACAGCCAGCAAUGACGUGGGAGAGAGCAACCCUAACCGAGAUAUCACAGGUCCGGUGGGAUCUCGCAGAAGGAGAGAUUUACGGAAUACUGAAGUCUCUGCCAAAUUAGACAAAGAUCUUGAAACUCCAGAGUUAAAGGAAGUGACAGUAAGUAAAGUGUCCUUGUACGUGAAGUGGACAAAGGUGAAGGAUGCAACCGAGUACACACUUGUCAUUGAGGAGGAGCAGAAAGGGCAGCAGGCUACUGAGCCGCCGAGAGUGAGAGACGUGGAAGGUGAUUCUUACUUAGAGACUGAUCUGAAGCCGUGGACCACCUACUGCGUCAGGGUCGAGGCCAAAAACGUCAUGAACCGAAGCGGCUACUCCAGGCUAGAGUGCAGAACCACUGGUGCCUCUUCUUAAAAAAUACCACAGAUCAAUUUAAAUAUACUGUACACUGGACUCAGCAGAAAUACCAUCAUAUGGUUUAUACUGUGUGUUUGUCUUCUCCACUCUUUAGCAUCCAUAACAGAAUUGUUACCAGUUUAAUCUCUAAGAACAUUAGGGGCAAAACUGUAAAAAAUAAAGUAAUUACAGCUGCAAAGCUAAUUCAAACAGAAUUCUUCUGUUGGGGUACAUCUUACACAUCACAAAUAAAUUAUGAUCAAAACUGAGGAGAACCUUUAGAUUUCAAUGCUUAUGAAUCUACGGUAGCGAUAGGUUGUAUACAUUCUCAUUAAUUGUGGCUGGUAUCAUAGCAGCAUGUGGCUUUAUAGCUGUUUAACAAAGUAUUUCUGAAAUGAUAUUUAUCAAAAAUGGCUUUAUUUUUGAGAUAGGUUAUUAGAUUCUCUGGAUGAUUGUAAAACUAAAAGUAGUGUAAACAAAUAAACUGAUAAUUUAUCAAGCAAUAUUUUUAAAACCAUGCAGUAUAUUUUCUUUAUGAUGUACUAUAUGACUUCUCAUUUUGUGAACACUUUGACAGAUUUUUUAACAAUCCCGGAAAUGAAGGAAUAAACUAAAUCUGUGAAACAUUAA